GGCACCAGUCAUAGGGUGACUUGUACUCCCUCCCUUGAUGACAAACGCUGCGGUCUACCAGGACCAUCUCUGAUGUAGCCUUUUCUACACCACUCUUGCGCACAUUAAUGACGUUGUUUGCCAAAGCAUCGCGCUAAUCAGUGGUUCACAGAUUCCUUCCAUCUAAUUCUUAGUACUUUGUUUUCUCUAAACAAACGCACAACCGUCAAAAUGGUUCUGCACAACCCCAACAACUGGCACUGGGUCAACAAGGAUGCCACCUCGUGGGCCAAGCAGUGGUUUGAGGACAACCUCACCAAGCUUGAGGCCAAGGAGGGAGAUGUGACUGCCAAGAUUAGCAAGGUUAUUAGCAUGGAUGGAGAUGUCGAUGUUGCGCAGCGCAAGGGCAAGGUGAUCACCAUUUUUGAUGUCAAGUUAACCCUGGAGUACACAGGCUCCACUGCCACCGACGACAAUGUUUCGGGCACCAUUACCGUUCCCGAGGUGUCUCAUGAGCUGGACGAGGACGAGUUCGUUUUCGAUAUUGAUAUCUACUCGGAUGCCAACGAGAAGAGGCCCGUCAAGGACCUUGUGCGCAACAAGCUUGUUCCCCAGCUCCGUAAGGAAUUUCUGAAGCUCUCUCCGGCGCUCAUCGCUGAGCACGGCAAGGACAUCCAGCAUGCUCCCGGUUCCAACCCCUCGAGCGGCUUCUCCACUCCCAAGUUCGUCCCUCAGCCUGCCUCCUCGAGCGCCCCCGCUGUCACCACCACUUCCUCCUCCUCCUCCUCGGCGAUCAACACGACGACAGUUGUAGACUCGGCUGAGUUCCGCACAAGCGCAGACGAGCUGUACGCUACAUUCACUGACCCCGGCCGUCUGGCCGCUUUCACUCGCGCCCCUCCCAAGGUGUUUGAGGGCGCCAAGCCGGGCGGCAAGUUCGUGCUCUUUGAUGGAAAUGUUUCGGGCGAGUACGUCGAGCUCCAGGAGCCCACCAAGAUUGUCCAGAAGUGGCGUCUUGAGCAGUGGCCCCAGGGUCACUACUCGACCCUGAAGAUUGAGUUCGACCAGAACGACGUUGACAAGGUUACUGUUAUGCGCGUCGAGUGGACUGGCGUCCCCGUCGGCCAGGAGGAGAUUGUCAAGAACAACUGGAAUGAGUACUACGUCCGCAGCAUCAAGAGGACUUUUGGCUUCGGAACUAUCCUCUAAACCGGGAGUACAGCAUCAUAACAACACACAUUUCGAACGAAUGGGAUCAAAUGAAUGACACGGCGUUUGUGGCGAAGCGAGUGGUUUGUGGG